UAUUAGGUAUUGGCGUACGUGUUUGUGUGUAUUUAUAUAUACCUAUUAUAUGUAUUUGUGUGUGCUUGUAUACGAGAAAAUACAAAAAAAUACAAAAUUAGUAUUUUAAUAAGUUUAAUGAUUAAAUAUUAAUAAUAUAAUUAGACAUUUUUGACAAUAAAAUAGCUGAAUUGACGUGUGCGUGGGGUAUUCAGGACUGGAUUAAUUUUGCCAUUUUUGAUUGAAUUUUUGUUAAAUAUUUUUCUAUUUUAUUUUUAUAAUUAAACUUUAGAGGUAAGUUUAACUAUUUAGCCGUCAGUCGUCCGUGAUUAGUGUCGAAAGAUUAGUGAAUGGGGAUUUGAUUUUUUUUUAUUUAUUUUGUAAAAUAAAAACAAAUUGAACGAGAAGUCGGAUGUUUGAUUUAUGAGCAUUUCGUCCUGUCGUCUCUUCAAGAAUCGAAAAUGGAAUGGCAGGAUUACAAAACUAAAACUUACAACAACAACAAUAAUAAUAAUGCUAGCAACAAGAGAUCCAGAGAGGACUUUAGUUAUUUUGACUUCGAGAACCAGUUCAACCACAAAAAAGUGCACAUGGAUCCUGCUCUCCUGGCUGCCUCCUCCUCGUCCCUUGCAUCAACACCAUCAUCCCUCUACUCCUCAUUCCUUGACCCGUAUGCUUUCAUGUUUCAUUCUGGCUUGACAGCCCCAAGCAACAGCACCAACAAUGGUCUAAACAGUUCGAAGAAACCUUUCAAUCCAAUGGCCGACGAGCUCUUGUAUUCACAAUUUCUCCCGAACUUUCCUGGAAUGAAUGAUUUGGCUAGAAUGUUUCAAGAGCAAACUUCUGAAUUUGCCCUCAACCUAUCGAAAAAAUUUCCUGAUUUCAAAAAUUUGAAUGCAAUGAAUUCAUCGAAUCCAACGUUCUCUAAAUCAUCUUCAACAUCUCAAUCGUCCUCUUCAUCUGCCACUAAAUCUGAUUCACUACCCAUAGAUCUGAGCAGGAGAACUCAGUCUACCGAUGAUAAAAAGCAUAACAAAAAUAAUGUUGACAGCUGUUUAAAUAACAGCAGUCUCAGCAGUAGCAACAAUGUUGCUAACACUAGCAACAAUAACGCCAUCAACAACAGUAACAACAGUUUCAAAGAAAAGAAAGAAAGGAGGUUGAUGUUUAGAAGUGAGCAAGAUAAGAAUAAAACGUUGAAAAUGUUGAAGAAUGAACUGAAAAGUGAAGAGUCGAAGCUUUUAUUACUGAAGCUCAUAAAAAGAAGCCAGAUUGUUUUUAGUCAUAACUUAAAAACUGUUUCUAGCAAUAUGCCUUUGUCAACUACAACUACGACGACAACAACAUCUUCAUCAUCGUCUACAUCAACAUCCACAUCAUCAUGUAAUCAUGUAUCAACAUCCAAACAUCACUCAACCACUCGUAGCAAAUCUAGUCCUGACGUACCAGGCAAAGUACCAGCUAGCGAUUCGAGUCACAAAACUAACAGCAGUCAUUAUCAGUCUAACCACUCAACCAACAAGCACAGCACCGCCCCCUACAACAACAACAACAACAACAACAAUAGCACCAACAACAAUCACAACAAACAUUCACUUCAGGCCACCAACCAUUUCAAUGCUCCUUCGACAACAUUGGGCGCUACAUACGGCAGCACUACAAACGCUGCUUCACUUCAAAGUGUUGUUGGCAGCAGUGGCAGCAGAAGUGGCACACCUCUUCAACAUACAACAUCAUCUAUCACAUCUUCAACUGCAUCAAUUGUUGAAACAGCCUCUCAGAAACAAGCUGCCGCCAAACAAGCUCUCAGAAAGCAGCUGGAGAAAACUCUUCUUCAGAUUCCUCUUCCCAAGCCACCCCUGUCUGAGCUGAACUUCAUACCGAAUGCCAGUUCAGUAGAAUUUGUGGGGCUGAUGGGACUCGAGGAAGUGGUCAAGUACAUAAUUGAUGAGCAGACUGGUAAUGUAUACGAUCAGUUUGAUAUGAACAAGUACAUCUUCAAUCCUUUCAAGUGUGUCCAAUGCUCGACUGACUUUACUGCUGUGUGGAAGCGGGACAAGCCCGGUUCGAAAAGUGUCAUCUGUGAAAGAUGUGUCACCUUCAAUCAGAAGAGAUCCUUGAAACAUGAACACACAAAUCGCCUCAAAAAUGCAUUCCACAAAGCCAUGCAGCAGGAGCAGGAAAUUGACAAGAUUUACUCUUCAUCAUCUGUCAGUCCAUCUCCGACCACGUUUUUGACCACCUCAAUAAAUUCAGCAUCGACCCUCAACCAGCCGCUACUCAGCACCAGCACUGCCCUGAACAACACUUUCUUGGCACCGUCACCUGGGCCGUCAACUUCCUCCACAUCAACUUCCCUUCUGUCAUCAUCAAAAAAUCCAUUCUCCUACGAUGCUCUGCAGCGGCUUGCAAUGGCCGAUCUGGCAUCAUUGACUCCAUUAUUCUCGCUCCCACCAUCCCUUUGGUCUUCUCAAAACUUCCCGCUUGGCUUCCCUCCCAAUUCAGCUGCCAUUGCUGCAGCACAGGCUCUCAGCCAGCAGCUCUUCCCCUUCCCUGGAAUGCUGCCCAAGUCUGAUUUGACCUCCGCUCACAAACAAUUCAGCAUGUUUGAUAUGAUGUCCAAUAGCCGAAACAACACUAGUAACGGUGGUGCAGGUAGUAGUGGUGGUGGUGGUGGUGGUGGUGGUGCAGGUAGUUGUGGCAGUGGUGGUGGUGGUAGUGGUGGUGCUGGUAAUUCUAAGCAGAACACUCAAAGCGGUUCACCCCUGCAGUGGAGGAGUUGA